GGUCAAACCAGUCACAAGAUGAUGUGAAGUAAAAAAAAAAACAUUGAAGCGUCUCUACCAUUCAGAGCAGCUGCAGAAUCAGGGAUACCUCUCACUCUGCUACAAUGAGUGAAUCACUGGCGGUGUGCGAUGUGGACGAUGAUCUGGUGAAGAUGCUGAAGAAGUUUCGGUUCAGGAAGGAGACGAAUAACGCCGCCAUCGUUAUGAAGAUUGAUAAAGAAAAGCAGCUGGUCGUUCUGGAAGAGGAGCACGAGGAUAUUUCCCCUGAUGAUCUGAGGGACGAGGUUCCUGAGAGACAGCCACGAUUUAUCGUCUACAGUUAUAAAUACAAACACGACGACGGACGCGUCUCCUACCCUCUCUGCUUCAUCUUCUCCAGCCCAGCAGGCUGCAAACCAGAGCAGCAGAUGAUGUACGCAGGGAGCCUGAACAAACUGGUGCAGACCGUGGAGCUGACCAAGGUGUUUGAGAUCAGGAACACAGAGGACCUGACGGAGGAAUGGCUCAGAGAGAAACUCGGCUUCUUCGGCUAAGCUCCUCUCGCCUGGAGUUCGGGAUGUGAGGAGGACUGCACGACCUCUGGAGGAGCAAACAGUGAAUGUCUCCUCCUCUUUACCAGACCUGAUUCAAAUACUGUUUUUACACCUUCAGUUUUACAGUUCACUACCGUUCAGUUUGACUCUAACUAAUCCUCUCCAUCUGUCGGCCUCAACUUGAAAACACUAUUUGAAGCAGGUCUGUGUUCCUACAAUCUCUCCAUGUGCCAGUUGUGUGUCUGUAUUAACUAACACUCCACUAGCUCCUAAAAGAUCUGAAAUCAAACACUAUCAUCCGCCCUGAUUGCGACAUCAUCCAGGAGACUUUAAAGGCAUUAUAACGACAGAUUGAGUUUCUUUCAGUCGUUCAGCGUUUUCUAACUUUCUUUUGGAUUCUUUUUCUUUUUCUGGGGUAUUUAGGGUUAUCUAAGCAUAUAGCAAUCAUUUUAUAUUAUGAAAAUAACAUAAAUAAUAGAGUUUUAAGUCGGUUUCUCCUUCAGUAUUAAUUUAAAGGCAUUUCAGUUAUAAUUUAGUUGACAAACUUUAUAAAGCUGCACCGAUUAGUCGUGGAGUCACAAGCAAAACAAUGCAGCCUCACACAUGGAGGAUGCUGCUUUUCUCACUUUUAUAUCAUAUUUAUUAAAGACAAACAUUUCAAAUCAUCACCUCAGACUUUGAGAAACUGGGAAGAACUUUUUUCUGACAUUUUAUACACUAAACAUGAAUCAAUUAGUCUAAAAAACAACGUGCAGGUUAAUUGAUUUUGAAAUAAUUGUACAUUCCCACCCUUAAACUCUCCUCUAAGCAUUCCUCAAAUGUGUGUGUGACGUCUUGUACCUCCUUCUGUGUUGUUGCGUCGUGCUCAUCACACUGCAGAUCUUCUGUUUAGAGAGAAAACAGCGUGCAUUAUGGGUAAAUCUGUAAUCUGCCUUUGACCUGCAUAUUUCUCACUCCUAAAAAAAAUAGUAUUUCCACUAAAGCAUUCCAGAUUCAACAAUGUAUACACACACACACACACACACACACACACACACACACACACACACUCAGUCUUUAGGGAGAUUGUUAGCUGAUAUUGUGCAUCAUAGUUGUUGCCGUUAUUAGUGUUUCUGAAUGUGGUUUCUCAUCCUGAUUCUGAUCUCUUAGCACAGCUUUGAGGGUGGCUGCGACUCCUUCAUCUUUAGAGACUGUAGGUAAAGGACGGCCACAGGGUUCCAACAGUAAAGCUUUGUGACGGCGGAUAUUUCUGUUUCGGAAUGUGCCCGGCAGCUCAUAAAUUUGCGCCAAAAUGGGAUAUUUACAGUCCUGUCUCUAAAGUACCUUUACAGUGAUUUUGUAGUCCCUGUUUCAUAUUUUAGCUUGAGCACAUUUCAAAUUGGAUUUUAAGUCACUUACCAAGCCUUUAUGGACUCUAAAGUAUGUAUUGGACUAUUUUACAUCAGUUUUUCCUGUAAAGCAGCAUUUUAAACACACACAUUAAGAGCUGGAAAACUAAACCCAGAUGGUUGAAGCGACAUGAAAUAUACUUAAAUCUGCAGAGGGAAUAACACUGUGUUUUUCUCAAGGUUUUAUGUGGGAGAAACUUCCAUUAUAAACAUACAUAUAUAUGGUUUAUACAGACCAUAAUAGGCACAACUUUAUUCCUACAUCCUUGAGAGUGAUACUGCUCAGUCUAUAGCAAUGCCUUUUUACUUAAUUUUGUCAUUUUUACGCCAAUUUUAAAAGGCCAGAAACUGAAUAUGUUCUGGGUGAACGCUUUGUUGGGAUUUCUUUUUUAAACUCUAUUCUUUUUAUAACUUUUUCUGUUUAAUUGUAAGAGAUUUGACUCAAGACAUGUACACACAAUCACACCGGACUUUAUGGGACUCAUCGAUCGAUGUGGAAUAUUUUACAUGGUUUUCCAACAGGAACAAUGAAUGUAACUGUUAUUCUAUCUGCUGUUUACUGAUGCCAUCAAAGCUCAAUAUCAGUCAGCCAUUACAUUAUCUUGCUGCUGAAGUUAUACAACAUCCUUUAAAGCAGGAGAAAGUUUGAUGACACUAUGACCUGCAAAACCCUUUCAAUCUCAUGGUGAAUGUUCUAGAUAUGUAAUUCUGAAGUUAACAAGCCUUUAUGUUUAAUUUGAAACUUGCAAUCUGCUGUUUGAAAUGUGGAGAGCUACUGUAAAAGAAGUGCAUGCUUUUAAUGUGAAAGACAUGCUGCUCGGUUGCAUGCAAUUUAAAGGAUUUGGAUACGUUUAUAAGGCUCAAUUUAUUUGCAUAUAAGUUCUUAAACACCUGCAUCUCAAACAUCUGUCUCAGCUGUUCGUGAAUUUUUACAAACUGACAUAAAUCUGCUAUUUUAAACAGAAAUGGGUUGAAAUAGACUGGAUCAAAUAAACAUUACAUAGGUUUUUUAAUACAUGGUCUUUUUGGUUUUGUCCUGUGGAGCUAUAGCCCCCCUCCUCUGUGGUGUAUAUUUAGCCUCUUUAUUUUCCAAAGUGUUGUUCAGCUCUUGGCGUCUUCUCUGAUCCAGUGCUUACUUAUUUUUCUGUCCUUUUGUAAUAAAAAACACACCUUAGAUAUGUAUCAUUACCAGCUGCCUCAUGGCGUCAGUGAAACUUGACAUAUUUGUAUUUUCCAUUCUUUAUAAAGUGUCUAUUGUCCUGUUGUCCAAAUAAAAUGACAGUGAUGUUGA